AUGGCGGCCGAUGCAGGUGUGUCAAUAUUAGGAAGGCAAAAUAGCGUAAUUGAACCUCCUUCGGCUGGAAUUCUCAUAAUCGGAGAUGAAAUUCUUAAAGGUCACACAAAGGACACGAAUUCCCAUUUUUUUUUUACCAGAUUGUGGUCACAUGGCGUAAAGGUGAAAGCUGUUUCUGUGAUUCCCGAUGACGUUGAUGAGAUUGCAUCCCACGUUCGUGAUUUUUCUUCACGAUUCACCUAUGUCCUCACUUCUGGCGGUAUCGGACCAACUCACGAUGACGUAACGGUGAUGGCAAUUGCAAAUGCAUUUGAUGAGCCUCUUGUUCAGAAUCAGUACUUGGUGGAUACUUUAACCAAACUUUAUAAAGUGAGGGACGUUUCCCAACUGAGCAGUUUUGUUCUGAAAAUGGCCCAGGUUCCUUCCUCUAGCAAAGUUUUAUAUGAGCAACAUGUUGCCGAAACAACUGGAAAUCCAUUUCCAUUGAUAUCAGUACAUAAUGUUUAUAUUUUUCCUGGAAUACCAAAGUUUCUGCAAUCAUUAUUUGAUAGUUAUUCGCAUGUGUUUUCAAAUCCUGAAAACAUGUUCUAUCUGCAAAAGGUGUACUUGUCGGUGCAUGAGUCAACAGUUGCUGCAGAGUUACAGAAGGUGCAUGAUAAGUAUGGGCAAAAGGUUCAUCUUGGUUCAUAUCCAGAAGUUGGCUGCGAGGAGUUUAAAACUAAACUGACUCUUGAGUCGUUAAAACCGAACAUAUUGGCAGAAGCCUUGGAUUAUCUUAUCAGCAUAUUGCCUGAUAAUGCUAUCAUCCGAACUGAAUUUUGCUCCUCAGAAAAUUUGCCAGAAAAUGGUAUGAUUGCAUAGCUAUGUCAGAACUGUAUCCAGGGGCACGGAAUGGAGGCUUAAAAGCAGAGGGAUAGCAACAGGGGGACUGGGGGGACCACCUUUGAGAGAUGUUUAAAUUUAAGGGGAUGUGCACGCACAAUACAACCUCUACCUCACAAAAGAACUUUAAUUACUGUACAAGACAUUGUAAAAAGAAGAAUAUUUUUUGAUGCUAUGUAACAAGCACACUUUAUUCUUUUUUACAAUGCCUUGUUUGAGAGUUGUUUUCUAGUCAAACAUUUUGCAUUAAACACAGUUUUUCCCAAUUACCUUGAUGUCACAAUUUCCCAAUUUAGGUCAGCCAAAAAAUAGUUAUAUUAUAAAUAUUCAAUUAUUUUUCCCAAUUUCAGUUAAACAUGGAUCUUUUGUUACUUGUGACUAACACCAUGAAGUGCAAUACAAUUUAACAAUUUGACAAUCAACAAAACACUCAUCCCCCAGAAAGGAAAUGGAAAGUUUAUUCCUUUGAGUUUGAAUUAGUCCUACAGUAGACCUAGUAAAUUGUACUAUGAGGCCUAAAAAAAAUACCUGUGGUUCCGGUUCCCGACCGACACUAUUUUUAUCUGCCGACCCUAUUAUUUUUUCAACGCGAUUGACAGUGCGACCCUAUUUUCUCCAGUUGGUUGCGGGCUGCUCAUACAGCAUGCCAAAAUGGUGUGUGUUGUCACACUAAUUAUUGAACCAAACUGUCUAAAUUCGUCCAUAGGAAAUACUGAAAAUACGCAUCUCUAGUUAAUAUUGAUGUCGGGACUCUACUGCAAAUCGCCCAGCAAAAAACCGCCAAAACCAUGAAAAAAAGACACUUUUUGACAUGUUUAAUGAAAUUUUGUUUCUUGGUUAUUUAAAAACCUAAUGCAUAUGGUAUGGGGAUGCUAUUCAUCAAAAAUUGUGAUUGAAAGGAAGACAUUUAAUAAGAAAAAGUGCAACGUAUAAUCUUUCUGUAGCCGCUGGGAGCAAAUACUGACAUCGCAUAUAAUAUGUUAUGUAAAAUUGUAAAUACUUAAAAAUAAUUACGUUUUAACUGAGUUUCCCUUAAAUAGAUGAAUAUCAUCAAAAUAAGGCAAAUGGUUAAUUUAAUAGAUUAUUAUCAUUAAAAUAAGGGUGAGGACAUGUUAGCCUGUGAACAGACGUUAUUCUCGACGAAGCGCUUAUAUAUAAGCGCCCUGGUGACAUCAUGUUCGCAGGUUAGGACAUGUUGGUUUUUAGCGGAUUUCUCACGUCGUUAAAAAUGGAUUUAAGAUCAUGCACAUUGUAAUAUAUAGAGGAUAUAUAUUACACGGCGAUACGAAGAUAUGACUUUUAUUUUCGAGUGGUGAAAACAAUAUUUUACGAACGAGCGCAGCGAGUGUGUAAAAUAUUGUUUUUAACACGAGAAGAUAAAAGUCAUAUCUUCAAACCACCGUGUAAUGUUCUGUUUAUUAUAUAGUCCCAAGCAAAAAUAUUGUGAAAUUUCACGCUCACAAGCAAAUUGGAAAGAGUCACGUAGUCGAUAUCUUCACUAGUGAAGAUAUGGAAAAUAUUUCACUGUGUAUUUUCAGUAUCUCACUCUCUAUUAUAUAUUCAGUAUCUCACUCUCUAUUAUAUAACAAAACUUUAUAAGUGCCUCCAAAACACUGGAAUGCCGUUUCAGUGUACCAAAAUUUAAAAAAAAAAAUUGUGUAGCACACCUCCGGACCUUCCUAGUUUGGAGUCCGUCCCCCCCCCCCUUCCACUUUUUGGGAUAGAUUGACGCCCUUGAAAGAGACCCUGAUAUAUAUCCUAGAUUCAUGCAUGUACUGACAAUAUGUGGUCCCCUAAAAAUUAAUUUACCGGUCGUCUAAUGAUGUGGCGGUGGACUAGCUACACCUGUAAAGAUAGGAGGUGAACAGAUUUGCAGCUCAUGACAUGUUAAAUUUUUGUACUUGAUAGUUGAUACAAAGAAAUUUUUUAUACAAACUUGAUAGGCUUCUUCCUGAGGUGCCACACUGCCUUUGUUGAACAUGGCUGUUUUAGGUCUAAUUCGUUACUCAAAUCACUCAAGUGUAAGCAUGGCCAUCCCUCUCCCACCCUUGGUCACAGUGGAGAAUUUGAAACAAAUGUUUGCAAGGAAGUGGGUGUGUGAAAAAUUAUAAUAUUUAUUUAAUACUUAUUUUCUUAUUUUGAAAUUAUUACGUAGAGAUAAUCAAGAAAGAUCCAGAUUGUCCAGCAUUGCAGAAAAUUCACUCUCUCAUAUCAACUAAAGAUAUCUGCAACUUAAGUGCUUCUGUUAAAGGUGCAUGGGCUGUACUACAGGAAACAUUGGUGUUGUAUGCACUAGAUGAGUUGUGUAUUAGUUUUAAUGGUGGCAAAGACUGCACUGCAUUACUGGCCCUUCACUACGCUGCUGUUAUGAGAAAGUACCCGUUGUUUGCUGGCAAAUUGAAUGCUUUAUAUGUCCAAGGGGAUGCUCCAUUUCCCGAAGCUGAAGAAUUUAUUUCAGAGUGCACAGAAAGGUACAAAUUGAACAUUAUCAAAAUCAACUCGAGCAUUAAAGACGCAUUGGAGUUUUUGCAAGUCUCACAUCCACGUAUCAGAGGUAUACUCAUGGGAACCCGAAAGCAUGAUCCAUACAGUGAAAAUUUGAACCUGUUUUCUCCCACUGACCCUGACUGGCCCAAAUUCAUUAGGAUUAAUCCAAUCCUUAAUUGGCAUUAUUCGGAUGUAUGGUGUGUAUUGAAAGAAUGCAACAUACCCUAUAUGUCCUUAUAUGAUAGAGGAUAUACUUCAAUUGGCAGUCGUCACAAUACCAUGCCAAAUCCUGCCCUGAAAAUGAAGGAUGGUGAAUACAAGCCCGCUUACAUGCUUGAAGAUGAAAGCAAGGAACGUGAUGGUAGAAUGUAAAUCCCUGGCAGUAUGCCGUAUAUACUGCAGAUACUUGAACUAGUGUAAGUAGUCGCUGUCUUUUUACGCAUUGCAAAAAAAACAAUUAAUAUAAUAAUAAAAUAUUCUGCAGACUUUUUAGGUUUCUUCGUUCUUGAGUAGUUCAACUUCUUUUUGAUAUGCGAAUAUCACAUUGCAUAUGAACUGAUUUUGAUAUAGAGCACAUUUUUAGGUUGGUCAAAUAUUUUACACAUUGCAAGUAUACGUGUAUACAACUAAUACAAGGAAUAGUGAGGCAAUCACCAUCUAGAUAAGAUUGAUGCAUUAAUUUUGUCCACAAGAGCACAAGAAAUCCAUAUUUUUUGAAAUAUCCAUGUUGUGUUAUGAUGUCAAAAUGUUAGGUUUCAAUAUUCAAUGAAAUUUUAUCUUGAUGGUGAACAUUCCGUAUACGAAGAUUUUAUAACAUAUAAAAAAUACGGUCAAUUUAUUGCGAUUGAUUACAUGUGAUAUGACUCGUUCAAAGGUAAAAUGUUCGUUAAUUUGAGCGAUUGCUUUUAAAGUUAUAUAGCCUACGAAUACAGACGCCUCACAUUGGGUGAAAAUGUAGUCUGUAUUCGCAAAUUAAAAGUUAUACAGAUUUUCAAUUUUAUGAAGCAUUAUGUUAAUUAAUAAUCAAUACUAUUUCUAUGGUAUUUGGUCCUUUGCGCGCGGUGUGAAUCCUUAUCAUGUAAUAGUGGUUUCUGACGAAUUGGAGCAGUUUGUGCAUUUCUUCCUUAUCUGGAACUCUUGUUUAACCAUUGAAUAUAAUUUAACUGGUACUGGCAAGAACGCUCCCUUAUUAAAUUGCUCAGUUUAAAACGGUGGACGUGUGGUUGUGGCACUCUCCUCACAGAGAAAAUUUAAGGCAUCCAGGUGAACGCGCGCAGGAGGAGAAGGCAAUUUUCCUGCACGCCUCAAAAUUUGUGGGUAUAACCCGCCGUUUUUAAACUAUAUAUAGCUAUACGGCUCUGCGGAGAGGAGUGUAUAGUUGUGGUCUUGUGGAUAAAACCUAGUGCCCCCACCCCCUUUGACUCCGCCAUUUUGGCUUGCUUAAAAAUACGCCGAACAACAUUUACCCCUAUUCCUUAUUCUAACUGAGCAAGAAGCAGAUAGCAUUAUGAAAUAGUGAACUUUUUGAGACGCUGGAAGUUUCUGUAAAAUUGUA